AUGAAAACAAGCGCAGUAGCCCUGGUGGCACUCGAGUGUGUUGCCCUGUCACAGGCUGCUCGUCCACGAGGUGUAGGACCUGAAUUUGCCAAAUUCUACGACGACACGACCUCCUCUCCUUCAUUCAACUGCAUCACCAACCCUGCGACCAGCAUCCCCUUCUCUCGCGUCAACGACGACUACUGCGAUUGUCCCGACGGCUCAGACGAACCCGGCACCGCAGCAUGUGCGCACCUUUCGCCCCUCUCACCACAUACAUUGGAAAACCCUGCGAAUGGCACCAACAGCCUGCCAGGAUUCUACUGCAAAAACAAAGGCCAUCGGCCCAGCUACGUCUCGUUUUCCAACGUCAAUGAUGGCAUCUGCGACUACGAGCUCUGCUGUGAUGGCAGCGAGGAGUGGGAAGGUCUGGUCAAGUGCCCAGAUAAGUGCGCGGAGAUUGGUCAAGAAUGGAGAAAACACGACGAAGCGCGACAGAAGAGUUUGAAUGCUGCGAGCAAGAAACGAGCUGAGCUGGUGGUGGAGGCGCAGAGGCUACGAAAGGCCGUGGAGGAUCGAUUGCAGAGUUUGGGAACGGAGAUUGGAGCUGCGGAGAUUAAAGUGAGAAACAUGGAGCAAGAGUUGAAGGAUGUGCAGAGGAGUGAAGCUGGCAAGACUGUGAAGGCUGGGCCUGGGAAAGGCGGGAAAUUGAGUCAGUUGGUGGAAUUGGCGCGUGCGAGAAUGGAUGAGUUGAGGAAUCAUUUGAAAUCGACAAGAGGAGAGUUAGAGUCGAAUCGAGACAGGUUGAAGCAGCUGGAAGGUCUGCUUGCUACGUUCAAGGAGGAGUACAACCCCAAUUUCAACGAUGAGGGAGUGAAGCGGGCGGUGAGAGCUUGGGAAGAUUAUGCUGCAAGCCACACACUCGGCCAAGAGCCCAACGCUGCUGCGGAGCGUGACAUCGCGGAGCUGAUCAAGGAGGACUCGGAGAAUGGACUGGACUGGGAGGAAUAUGUGGAGGAUGAGAGCGACACUGAAGGUUUAUUCUCCUUCACCGCCUACCUCCCAUCUUCCCUCCGCACAUUCAUAGACGAAAACCUCCGCAAUCUCCGCCAAACCCUCAUCGACAACGGCAUCCUCGCCAACAAUAACUCCGGCACCGAAACCAAAAAAGUCACCGCAGCUCGCGAACGUCUCAAAGCGGCAGAAAAAGCACUCGCCGAUGCGCGAAAAUCCCACACCGAACAUUCCGACGACCUCGCCAAAGACUUUGGCCCGGACGGAGUCUUCCGCGCCCUCAAAGAUACCUGCGUCAGCAAAGACUCCGGCGAAUAUACGUACGAAUUCUGCUUCCUGGGCCGCACGAAUCAGAAAUCGAAAAAGGGCGGUGGAGCGACGAAUAUGGGAUCCUUCACGAGAAUCGAAACCAUCUAUGUCGAUGAGGAGUUGCCGAGUAAUGGAAAAGGAUUGGGCACGGGAGAGAGAAUUGCCAUGAAGCAUGAGAAUGGGCAACAUUGCUGGAAUGGACCGAAUCGGUCUGCGACGGUGAUUUUGGCGUGUAGUGAGGAAAAUGAAAUUUGGAAAAUCAUGGAGGAGGAGAAAUGUGUGUAUCGGAUUGAGUUGGGGACGCCUGCUGUUUGUGGGGUGGAGGUGAGACCUGCAAAGAAAGUGGCUGAUCAGGAGGCAGGGGGGAAACAUGAUGAGUUGUAGGGAGGGAUGGAAAAGAAGGAAGGGUACGAGAGAUAUGAAUGGAGUAUGAAAUAUAGAAACAGGUACAUAUUCUUUCUGUGCUGAUACUUACCUUACUGGUUGAUGUAAAUGGACCUCAAGUGUAGAAACAGAGUCUGUAAGCAGGUAGCAGAAAUUCCUCAGUCUUCAUCAGUACCUAAGGCAGGUAGCAGUGCACGAUAUACUUUUGAAGAUCAGUAUAAAAUGUGAGUUGCGUCUUUGUUGAGCGCCUAGCCCCGGUUUGAGACCAUGAUAUAUUUGUACUAGCUUUGUGCUGUAGCAAGGAGGUCAUCAGCUGCGAGGCUUGUUUUUUCAUUGGCGACUGGUGUCAUCGCAUUUUCGCUGGACCAGGUGAACCCUAGCCCGCGGUAUGAGCUUCUAUGGCCUACCCAGUGGUGAUUCGCCAGGCUCAAACCGUCCUCCGAUCUGACAUGACUCUGACAAUGCUGCCAGGUCCAACCAGCUCAAUGAGCUUCUCAUGCCAGCUCAGCAACACACUCAUCGCCUGUGCACCACCCUCCUGAGCUUGACCAAAACUUCUCCCACCAAUCUGACUGAACCCCGUAGCCUGUGGUGUCACACUCUGUGGCGUCCCCCGUCCUCCUCCACUCGGAGCAUCCUUUGCCAUGCCCUUGUACAAGUACUUCAUCAAUGUAUCCAACACUUCCGAGCCGCCUUCCGACUGCGAGAUUCGUUGACAUAUCGGCGUGAUUUCUGCUUGUCGGAUCGAUUGCAGAAUCUCUGUGACUGUCGCUAGAUGGAUUGCCUUCCCGCCUUCGUCUGCUCCGUAUGGCACAUUCUCUAAUGCGCCUCUCAAUGCCCCUUCUGAGUCUCCACCUCGGAGAAGUUGCCGUAUCUGGCCAGCGAGCGUUUGGACCUCGGCGGCUGAAAUGGGUGUGAUUGCUGGCGUGAGAGUUGUGAGAUCGAAGUUGGACGAGGAUUCGGGAUCGAGGGCGUCAAUGUCGAUUGUGCGCCAAUUGAUGUCGAUGUUGCUGCGAGCGCCGGCGAUGGACAUGAUGGUGGUGGUAGCGGUCGUGGUCUUGGU